AUUACAAAACCACUUGAAACAAAAUAAACACAAGAUUUUUAAAAUUGUUAAUAUUUUGCUUGAAAUAUAAAUAUAAUUAAUGAAAUUUUGUUAUAAAUUAAUGAAAUAAGUUGUACGCAAAACAUUUAAACAUAAUGACUGACAAGGAACCCCUUACAAAAGCACAAAAUUCUACACGAGUAGCUGAACCCGGUGAUGGCAUACGACAGGUCAAGACUACCAAUGUAUUUCGUUUGAUAAAUUUUGAAUUGUAUACAAGACCGAAUAAAAUUGUUAUGGGUGUUGGUUUGGCUUGUAUUACCGGUGUUUUUGGCUAUAUAACCUAUAUGAGAUGGAAAUAUGAAAGUUUAGGCUAUUAUACGGCUGUUAGUGAUGAUGGUAAAGAAGUUUUUAUUAAAAAAGAAUCUAAAUGGGAUACCUAAGUUAUAAGUUGAAAAAACCUUUAAUUAUUAUGUUGUUAUUUUAACAUAUUUUUAGAUUAUGUUGAAAAUAUACAGAAAAAAAUUUUAAAACUUA